AUGGAGGACCCCAAGUUCUUGACCUACAAAAAUGUUGUGCUUCGAAGAUCAGAUUUGCAAAGUCUUGAAGAUCAAAACUAUUUAAACGACACUGUAAUUGAUUUCUACUUUGUUCAUCUCUCUGUUUACUACCAAUAUGAUGAAAUCCUCCUAAUUCCGACGAGCGUCUCAUUUUUGUUAGCUAAUGCUAUCGAUUUGGACAGUUUCACAUCCACAAUUAAAUCCCUAGACCUUCAGAAGAAGAAACUCAUCUUCUUCACUGUCAACAAUGACAAUUCUCACUGGAGCCUUUUUGUCUAUUGUAGAAAACGAAAUUUAUUUAUGCAUUACGAUAGUGUGAAUCAGGUAAACUGCAAAUUAGCUUUCUCAAUAUAUGAAUCUUUGAAUGACUAUAUUAUCCAUGAUUCGGCCAAAUUCAUGGAGUGUCUGGCACCUAAACAGAGGAAUUGGUACGAUUGUGGAUUAUAUGUAAUGGAAAUUUCUAGGGUUAUCUGUGAAUGCUAUUCCAAUGUUGAUCGAUUUCGAAACGAAGAAAAAGAUGGGAUUUGUGAGAGCGUGGAUUGUAAUUAUGUUGAGUUUGAUAUGCGUUCUAAAUUGUUGGGACUGAUUUUGAAAAUGAAGAACGAAGAAAUCAAACCUUAA